CUAUCCUAAAACUAUGGCAGGUGCCAGCCGUUCGUAAAACUAGCAACAAGUUAGUUUUCGUGUGUCUGACUUUAAAUCAGUGAAAAUUGAAAAUGAUACAGGACAGUGAUACCAUAGCCCUCGCUGAAAGGGUCGCCGCCUUCAAAGGCGACCCAGAGAAACUACGGCAAGCUACAGAAUUUGUAGAUCAACUCAUACAGCAAGCUAAGAAAGAGGCAGAACUAAAACAAAAAGAGAAAGACAGAAGUAAAUUCGAAGCACAAGAAGCGGCUGCGGGUAAUAUGAAGCGGCGCCUGGGUCGAGCGCGUGGCUUCGUACUCCGCAUGUUUGACGCGCUGUGUAACUGCACGCAGACAGCUGCUGCCGCCGCGCGCACUACGGCGCGCAACAAUCCGUUCACUAAACGCUAAUUCGAUUGUGACUCCAUUACGAACCGGUAGUAGGAGCUGCUUUUUUAAUUUGAAAGAGAGAACUUGGGUAAUACUGAGACGAUGAGAUAGUUUUUGUUUUUUUCCUAAGCUUAAAGAUAUCAAGAUAUUAUGCUUAAUGCAGUUUUUAUAUUGAUUAUUAUUGAUUUAACAAUUUCACAGUGUGCGUAACAUCGAAUCGAGUUAUUAAACACUGUUAAAGUUUUGGAUAAAGCUAAUAUUAUGGCGAUGAACUCUACAAACAUACAUAGUUCAAAUUCUCUUCUCUACGUUAAAAUAAAUAUAUUAAAGUUAAAUAUGUCCGUCUCAAGGGAUUGAACAAAAAUACAUCAGAAUAAUCCAUCAUUCAAUUUAUAUUUAGCAAAAUAAAGAUGGAAAGACAUUCGUUCUUGCUGGCGAGGUUGUUGUACUAGAAAUUUGAUGAAUGUAUUUUUUUACAUAUCGUGAUGUGAGAGGUAUUUAUGCAGGGAUAAUGGCAAGAUAACGGAUAAACAUGGGAAUUAGCGGUUAUUGAACCAAAGAUCUAAAUUAAACGUAUUAUAUAACAUAAAUUAAGUAAGUAUAAAUAAAAAAAAAUCGAUCUAAGAUAUAGUCACAAUUAUGUCACAAUUCUCAUUUGUAGCUUAAUAGUUAUACAUAAGCACAUUAAAAAAAAACUACAGGAGAUUGUGUUAACAAUUUUCGCGCAUCAUAAUUUAUAUAUUAAAACCUCUCAAAAGCUCAUCGAAGCUUUUAAAUACAGACUUUAAGAAAUUAACUGUGUUAUAUUUAUAUGAAAUUAAUAAUAACAUCGUUUUUCCGGGCAACAGUUCUUUGGGCAGAUUUACAGCAUAUUUUUCAAUUUACACCAAACCAACCAAUGUAUCGAAAAGUUUAAAUAUUAAACGGACACUAUGUUCGUAAAUAAAUUAGUGUCUUCCUUACUUAAGUAUCCUUAAAAUACUGGUGUUAUGUGAUCGAUGUGACGACGCUUAAUAGUAUAAGGUUAUGUAUUUAGCAAUAUACUUAGUGGACUUAAAUCUGAAUGUAUGUACUUCGCCUAUGUCCAACUGUCAACUUACUCUAUGUAAGUAUAUCGACUAACAAAGAAUUUCCAUGUUCGAACAAUGUAGCUGCUGUCUAAUCCGACACGAUUCCAAUUUUUUGAUAUCGACAGAUCUGAUAACUUUGUUUUUAAUAAACCUUUGGGCGGUAAUAUACUGUAAUACAAUUCUAUAUAUUUUCCUGGGAAAUUGACAUAAUUAAAGAUUUUGAGGCAUUGUGAAUUUACUCCAAAUUGAAUAUUUGAUACUAAUAAAGAUAUUUUACAAUGGCACACAAUUGCAAAAUUGCUAACAAGAUUUCGGGCUACGCCGUAGCAGAGGAUACUACGAUUGUAGCAUAUAGGCAGGCGUGUACCAUCCUAGGCCUCAUCAUCGCUUUCCAUCAGGCGAUAUUGUGGUCAAACGCAUUGCCAAUUAAGCAUUAAAACAAAAAAUAUAACUCUACUAUCGCACCCAAUCGUCGUUGUCACACCAAUAUCUACUAUGUGCACUUUUUAGAGAUUUCGACUUUUUCAUCACGAUGACUUGGAUUCUUACUAAAUUUUUGAAUAUAAAGACCGCUAUACGAUUGGCAUUAUAAAGGUGGUGCUAAAAAUAUAUGCAUCAGCCAGAAUAUGGUCAAAUAUUUACUGCUUUGUCUUGAAGUUAUACAAUUUUGCAUAUAGCAGACAUUAGUUUGGCAACGACCAAAUUUUGUGCUUGAGGAGUAUUGAAUAUCAUUACAAAAGUCAUAUACUAGCGAUGUUUUAUUGGGUUUUAGUUAAGUGCUGAAUUCUAACCCCUCGUUUACACCAGGGUAGAUAGUAAAAAUGAUACAUGAAUAAAAAAAAAUGUUCACACUUAUAUACAUGUAUAAACAUGUAUUAAACAAUACUUGCAUCAAACUUGUUGGAUAAACAAAAUAUUUGAAGUAAUUAAGUGAUUUAUACUUGUAAGAUACUACUUGUAUAUGCAGUGUAUACGAAAGAAGGUCUAUAAAAAGCUACAACAAGUGUUCUGCAAGUUUUGUUUAAAACUAGAAUUUGAUUUUUUUCUUGGUGGAAACGACGGGUAAUGGUUAGGAAAAAAACGACUAGAAAGAACUUUUGACGUGAACGAAAUCCUAUUUUUAAAACCAUCUGGAGCACAAUAAUAUUAAUGUAUGCAUUUAUUUCUAUAAAUUGUUUUUUUCUUUAACUUAUGUUGUGAUCCUAAUUCUUUUGGUACUUAGAAUAAGUUAAAGAAUUAUUAAUACAAGAUGAGACGAGGCACAGCACAUAUAAUUCAAGGCAUCCCAUUGUUUGGACAACUUUCCUACCAUUAUUUAGUUAUAUUUGUUUUGUCAGUACAUACCUAAGCUUUCCAUUACUUUAGGAUUUUCUUGUCUUUGAACUGUCGAGUGAUUUCUCGGAAUUGACUUUAAGCUAUCCCAAUUUGUAUCCUGUUUUUUAGAGAUUGUGGAAAAGAACGACAGAUAGUCACACGUUUCAAUGAUGUCAUAUAACAUUAUUUUUUAUAUUUCUGUUCUUUAAACAGAAAAUAAAAGUAGGUAAAGCGUUUUGAUUAUUUCAUUGUACGGUUAGUUAGGGAAUACUUUGUAAGGGAAUCGUUGUCUUGGUUCGUUUAAACUAAAUUACAGAUUAUAUUCCUAUAGCCACGUUCAAU